AUGCCCGUUGUAGCAUCAUUGGCUGUGUUGGCAGCUUUGGUGCCGUUAGCUCUCGCGCAAGCCAAUACAACCUACGUCGACUAUUCCACAGAACCUCAGCCCAAUCUCGAUACUCAGACACUCGCAACAAUUGAUCUUGGAUUUCCCGACUGUGAAAAUGGCCCACUGAGCAAAACCCUGGUGUGCGACUCAUCGGCCACGGCCUAUGAUCGUGCUGCGGCUCUGAUUUCUCUCUUCACGUUCGAGGAGCUGGUAAAUAGCACUGGAAAUACCAUUCCCGCUAUUCCACGCCUUGGACUUCCUCCCUACCAAGUAUGGAGUGAGGCUCUCCAUGGACUAGAUCGUGCCAAUUUCACCGACUCCGGCGACUACAGUUGGGCAACGUCCUUCCCGUCGCCUAUUCUGUCUAUGGCUGCCCUGAACCGCACCUUGAUCAACCAAAUCGGAGGUAUUAUCUCGACUCAAGGUCGCGCAUUCAACAACGUCGGUCGCUAUGGCCUCGACGCUUACGCGCCAAAUAUCAAUGCUUUCCGACACCCAGUUUGGGGCCGUGGACAGGAGACACCGGGCGAGGAUGCAUACUGCCUGUGCGGAACGUAUGCAUAUGAAUAUAUUACCGGUAUGCAAGGAGGUGUAGACCCGGAGCAUCUCAAAUUGGUAGCCACCGCGAAGCACUUUGCCGGAUACGACAUCGAAAACUGGCACGACCAUUCUCGCCUGGGUAACGACCUGAACAUUACCCAGCAAGACUUGGCUGAGUAUUUCAUGCCGCAGUUCCUGACUGCUGUUCGAGAUGCCCGCGUGCACAGCGUCAUGUCUUCUUACAACUCGGUCAAUGGUGUGCCGAGUUCAUCGAAUUCCUUUUUCCUCCAGACCCUUCUUCGGGAUACCUGGGAUUUUGUGCCCCAAGGAUAUGUUUCAUCCGAUUGCGACGCUGUUUAUAACGUCUUCAAUCCUCAUGGGUAUGCAGACAACAUCACAUCAGCCGCUGCUGAUUCUAUUAGAGCAGGCACUGAUAUUGAUUGCGGCACCUCUUAUCAAUAUCACCUCAACGAAUCAUUUUUCCAAGGAGAGAUCUCCCGAAGUGAGAUUGAGCGUGGUGUCAUCAGACUUUACUCGAACCUUGCUCGCUUGGGCUACUUUGACGGCAACAACAGUGAAUAUCGCGACCUUGACUGGUCCGAUGUGUCGACCACUAAUGCCUGGAACAUCUCCUAUGAGGCAGCCGUUGAGGGUAUUGUUCUCCUGAAGAAUGAUGGAACUCUGCCAUUGUCUUCGGAUAUUAGCAGCGUUGCUCUGAUCGGUCCAUGGGGAAAUGCUACAACUCAACUUCAAGGCAACUACUACGGAAAUGCUCCUUAUCUGAUUAGCCCUCUCGCCGCACUUGAAGCAUCAGAUCUGACGGUUAACUAUGCUAUGGGCACAAACAUUUCUUCGGACUCAGCUGAACAUUUCUCAGCCGCGAUUGCUGCAGCCAAGAAGUCCGAUGCGAUUAUCUUUGCCGGUGGUAUUGACGAUACAAUUGAAGCGGAGGGGAUGGACCGUGAGAAUAUCACUUGGCCAGGAAACCAGCUCGAAUUAAUCAAGCAGUUGAGCAAUGUCGGCAAGCCGUUGGUUGUGUUGCAGAUGGGCGGAGGUCAAGUUGACAGCUCAUCCUUGAAGACAAACAAGGACGUUAACUCGCUUAUCUGGGGAGGUUAUCCAGGCCAAUCGGGUGGACAAGCUCUCUUGGAUAUUAUCACUGGCAAGCGCGCACCGGCUGGUCGACUGACAACCACCCAAUAUCCAGCCGAGUAUGCACUGCAAUUCUCAGCGGUUGAUAUGAGCUUGCGUCCCAGUGGAGAUAACCCCGGUCAAACCUAUAUGUGGUACACAGGCAAGCCUGUUUACGAGUUUGGACAUGGACUGUUCUAUACAACCUUCAAAACUUCCGUUCCACAAUUCAAGACCAGCGAAUCUUCUUUUGAUAUCGUUGAUCUUUUGUCUCGAUCACAUGUCGGCUAUAACACGGUGGAACAACUUCCAUUCCUCAACUUCACUACUACCGUCACCAAUACCGGCAGUGUGGUCUCCGAUUAUACGGCUAUGGCUUUUGUCAACACGACCGCGGGCCCGAAGCCCCAUCCCAACAAGUGGUUGGUCGGCUUCGACCGUCUGGGAUCGCUUGAACCGCAAAUUUCACAGUCAAUGACCAUUCCUAUCUCCCUUGAUAAUGUGGCUCGCACAGACUCCCUUGGAAACCGUAUUGUCUACCCAGGAAAAUACGAAUUGGCGUUGAACAACGAGCGAUCGGUAGUUGUUUCCUUUACUUUGACUGGAGAUGAGACAACCAUUUCCAAAUGGCCAUUGGAUAAACAGCAAAUAUCCGCUGCCUGA